GGAUCACUUACAACACAGUCAUUCACCUAAGCGAAGACUGCUGUCGGCAUAAGCAACUCAUCAAGACGAACUCUAACUUUAGUUUCGAACUAUUUCACGGACUUUAAAAAAAAACAAAAAAACAUCGCUGCGUUUUACUUUUACCCAUUUAUAUUGUUCUGACACUGUUUGAUACUAGAUUACCAGCAUGGGCAUCUUAAUUGUAAUUAAUAUCGUGAUCCUUGUCCUACAUCCUGCUUGGGCCGGGAUGUGCUGGCUGCAGCAGAGCCAGGAGCCACGCUGCGACAUGGUGCUGAUGCGGGGUGUCAGCCAGGAGGAGUGCUGCGCCGGCGGCCGCCUUGACACCGCCUGGUCCAACACCAGCCUGCCAAUCAACGAGGUCAGCCUGCUUGGCUUCCUGGGGAUCGUGUCCUGUAAGCCCUGCAAAGAGACCUGCGAGGAGGUGGACUGCGGCCCGGGGAAGGUGUGCAAGAUGAAGGCCGGCAGGCCGCAGUGCAUCUGCUCGCCGGACUGCUCCAAGAUCGCCCGCAAGCAGGCCAUCUGCGGCAGCGACGGGAAGACCUACCGGGACGAGUGCGCCCUCCUGCUGUCCCGCUGCAAAGGGCACCCCGACUUGGAGGUCAUGUACCAGGGAGAGUGCAAAAAGUCCUGCUCUAACGUGGUGUGCCCGGGGACGCACACCUGCGUGACGGACCAGACCAACAGCGCCCACUGCGUGAUGUGCCGCACCGCCCCCUGCCCCAUGCCCACGGCGUCCGAGCAGCCCAUCUGCGGCAACGACAACGUCACCUACCAGAGCGCCUGCCACCUGCGCAGGACCACCUGCUUCCUGGGCCGGUCCAUAGGGGCCCGGCACUACGGCCGCUGCUCAGACGGGCCCCGGCACUCUGCGGAGCUGGACGGGAGUGAAGAGAACGCCCUCUAGAGACCUCUCACACAACCAGGAGAUGGGUUCAGAAGAUGGGGCCCUAAAUGUGCUUACCUUUGCUUAAGACCCUCCACAGAGCUCCUACAAGUACUCAUAUUUGAGAUUUUACUUUUUGACUGUUUUACUGUCUUUUAUUUUAUUACUCUAGUUCCUCCCCGUCCACCCCGUCCACCCCCCCCGUCCCCCCCCCCGUCCCCUCAUGUGGAAUUAGGAUACACAUGAUGCGGGAUACUCUCGUGAGCUUCGUUAGAGUACUUCUCUUUUUUUUACCUUUUAAAUAACACAUUUAAGCUUGUUUAUUUUUCAGUCUAAAGAAAAUUACUGCUAUUUUCUCGUUGCAUGCUGUUUAUAUUUUAGAGGGUGUAUUUGCUUUCCAUUCUGUCUGGGAUCUAAAUUUAGGAGAAGGGAGAGCUAGGGACAUAAAGGAAAAGUCUGAUGAGGAGGGAGACGAGUGUGCUAUAUGUGCAUAUUGUAAAUAGGUCAGGAUCAGUGAUAUUUAUUGGAGAAACAGUAAAUCUGUUCUAUUUAAGUUUUAUCAUGUAUACAGAGAUAUCAGCUGCCUUCAAAUAUUUAUUGUCUUUGUUUUGAUUUUAGGUGUAUAAUACUGGUUCCAGACUUGCAUACAAUUAAAUUUUGUAGGUUUUUUUUUUUGUUUUUUGUUUUUUUACCCCUCUGCAACUAGAGACUUUCAAAUUUACCUUGCAACAUGUUGGCGAAUUCUGCUCAGCAACAAUUCAAAUUGUUUUGGACAUUUGGAGCUGUUUAUCAGACAAGCUGAGAUACAACAGAGAUCCCAUUAAGCUGAAGCCAUGGCAGAAAUAUUACGCCCUCUGCAUUUCUGUCUUGCUUUGUGGAGGUAGAGGAGGAUCCAGCCAAAAUAAAAGUCUAUGUGUUUUCCAGCCUCCAAGGAGAUCUUUGUGUGUUUAGCCUGGCGUCAAAUCAAAACUUUGACCCACCCACCAACUGCAAAUUAUAGGCUUCAUACCAAUAGUAGCUCUAUUAUUUUACAGUGGGCUGUUGGUCCUGACAAGCCAUUGAGUGUUCUGUGCAUCCAUUUUGAAGCCUUUCUUUUGUAAUUUCCUUCCAAUAAGUGGGUGGGCCACAUGAUCUUUAUUUAAUAUACCUCUAAAUUAAUCACGUUAUUGACACAUGCUUUUUAAUAUAUUCCGCAUUUUUACCUUGUUUACCGAAAGGUGUGACUGUGAAAUGCCUCAGAAACGCUCUCUUACAGAACCUGAACUCGAAUGAAUGCUGCUCAAAGGUUUUUGUUCAAUGAUUUUGACAACGGUGCAAACGAAACUUGAGAAAAUGAUCUGUCAGUUUGUUCAUGAAUGUUUGAUGACCUGCAGUCAACUGAUACAUGGUGUGAAUUGGGGUUGAAGUGCCUUUGACAUAUGAAAUUUUUAUCCUUUUUACCUACAUUAUGAAUUGUGAUUCAUUCAUUCGUCUUUUUGUCCACAAACCAUAUUCUUCAAUCUUUGCUUGUACAUAAAGCUGCAUUUACAGUAUAUGUGUAUCUACUGUGAGAUUUAAUUUACAAAUGUAUCAACUUAUUUUUGUAUUUUUGUACUGCCAUUUUAUCUCAAUAUAAACAUUAGUCUUUAA